UAUAGCUUCGUUCGCGUGUCAGUGUUAUAGUAGCAUCAUAGGUAAGUGAAUGAAGUGAUUUUAUCGACAGUGAACAUUCUCUAAAAAAUGUCAGUAACAAAUAAUAAAGUUGCCCUAGUAACCGGAGGGGCUGAUGGAAUUGGGCUUGAAUUCGUUAAAUCGUUGCUCAAAAAUGGAAUAAAGGUAUUGUAUAUUUGUGCAAUAAAUUAUUCGCUUUUUUAUUCUUGUUUUUCAGAUGCCUUUAAGAAAGCUAUUGAAGUGUAUAACCAAAUCGAUAUUGUUAUUAAUAAUGCUGGCAUAGUGGACGAAACUAAUUUCGAAAGACAAAUUGCCAUAAACUGCGAUGCUAUAGUGCAUGGAACAUUUCUUGCAAUAGAAGAAUAUUUUCCAAAAUAUAAAAGUGGCCAUGAAGGAAUUGUCGUAAAUAUAGCCUCGCUGUUCGGCCUGGACCCUGUUUUAUCAUGCCCAGUAUAUUCUGGUACUAAAUUUUUCGUUAUCGGAUUCAGUCAGGCUAUCGGUUCUAAGGAGCAGUACCAAACAACAAAAACACGAGUUCUGACUAUUUGUCCUGGAAUAACCGAAACCAAUAUCGUAAAUGAAGCUCCCAUGAAAGUCAGAAAUGAAGACUGCAGAAAACUGCAGUCCGAUGAACUCAAAAAAUUAAAAGUUCAACCGCCAAGUCACUUGGGAAAAGAACUCAUUACGGUUCUGGAAAAAGGAAAACCUGGUUCAGUUUGGCUUAUAGAAGACAAUCAAGUUGCUGGCGAAAUUUACACUCCAAAUCGCUUUGAAAGACUGAGGAAAGGCGCUUCGUUAUUAGAUAUUGACCAAGAUUUUCUGCAAGAUGUUAUGAAGAAAAUAGAAAAUGAAUUUGGUGUAAAUAAAGUUCACAUUAUAAAAACAGACGUGUGCGAUCAAGAUCAAUUUAAAGCUGCUUUCGAAGAAACAAUAAAAAUAUUUAAACAACUAGACAUUGUAAUUAACAACGCUGGCGUUGCAGAUGAUCUGAAUUUCCAAAGAGAAAUAAACAUUAACUGUGGAGGCGUUGUUAGAGGAACUUUAUUAGCAUUAAAUGAAUAUCUGCCAAAAUACAAAAGCGGAAAUGAAGCUUACAUAGUUAAUACUGCGUCGAUUUAUGGGUUAGAUCCAUCUGCUGGAUUGCCAGUAUACAGUGCCAGCAAAUUCUUUGUUGUCGGCUUUACUCAGGCUAUCGGAGCCCAAGAACAUUAUGAACGAAGGAAAAUUAAAGUUUUAGCUAUUUGUCCAGGAGUAACAACAACUAAAUUAAUCAAUUAUUGGAAAGCAAUCGAUAAAGAAACUACAGACAUAUGUAAAAAGGAAUUCAUAACACUCCCAGAGCAGACACCAAAUCAUGUUGGUAAGGAAUUGAUUACUGUCCUUAGCAAGGGAAAAAGUGGAUCCCUUUGGAUAAUCGAAGCAAGUAAACCAGCUUGUGAAAUUGGAAGCCCAAAUCGCUUUCAACGAAUUUUACAACAGUAAAUUCUAUUUAGAUAUGCAUAUCAUUGUAUAUUCAUAUGUUGAAUUAUUAUAAAAUAAUGUUAGCUUGGAAAAUCAAAUAAAAAGAUACAAGUCUAA